AUUAGUGAAACAUGUUGAAGAAAUGCAACACGAGCCUUCACUAAGGGAGGAAAUCCCAGAUGUUGAGUUUGAGGAGGAAGGAACUGCAAAGGAAGAAGAGAUGGUAGAUGAGAUUACAUCACAGGAAGAUGCAGAACAACUGGUGCACGAGGAAGACCAAGAGGAGGAAGAUGAGAAACUAAAAACAGGACCAGAUCAAAAAGAGGGAGAAGUAAAAACAGAGGAUCUCUUGGUAGAAGAAGUAGAUGAAGAGACACCAGCAAGAGACGGAGAGUUGGAAGACCAACAGGAGGAGCAGGAGAAAUUAAAAAUGGGACAAGAACCACAGGAGAAUGAACGUGAAAUAGAGGAUAUAUUGGUAACAGAAGGUGAUGAAAGGACACCAACAACAGAGGGAGAUCUAGAAGAUCAUGAUGUGGAAGAGGAAAUGCUCAAAACUGACUCUAUGGUAGAAGAUAAAGCAGAGGAAGAAGACAAGGAACCUGAAUUUAAGGAGGCUUUGGUAGAGGGUGAGGAGACCGAAGAGAAGGAAGAAAUUGAGGAAACAAAAACUGAAGGCAUGUUACGAGAUCAGGAGGAAGAGGAGAGAUCCACAGCUGAUGAGGAAUUAAUUAACAGUGAGGGGGAAGAUGUCCGAACUCAGGUUGAAGCCGGUAUUGAAGGUUUGGGAGAACAGCCAUCAGCUCAACAACUCAAACUUCUGCUCCCCAAAACUCCCGUUAAUGACAGCGCUAUACCCGAGGAGGAAAACGCAGAAGCAUCUCCAGCGUCCGAUUACCCUUCGAAAGAUCACACUGAACUAAAGCACGAUCAUGAUGAAAAUAACAACAACAGUGAGACCAAAAAGGCCAAAACAGAACUAAAGAGGAAGACUCCAGUUCUCUUUGAGAGGCUGAAGAAAGUUGACUCCAAAGUGUCACAAAAAGAAGACAUCGACCAGCAUAAGACAGAAGACACGUCUGCAAAGAAGCCCCCAAAAGAUAAGAAGAAGGAAAAAGAAUCUCCUACUACUGAAGUGAAAAGGGAUUUCAAAGACAAGAAGGAAGAAAGGGAAACUACAAAACAAAAAACAAAGGUAGAAAGACUUAUUAAAGGAGAAAAAGAAGAAAAGAUAAGGAAACAUCCAAAAGAAGGAAUAAAAGAAAAGAAACCAACUAAGGAAGAGGAGCUUCCCAAAGAAGAAAUAAAGGUUGUGGAGCCUGCCAAAGAAAAAAUAAAGCUCAAGAAGAUUCCUAAAGAAAAAACAAAGGUCGAGAAGACUACCAAAGAAGAAAUAAAGCUUGAGGAGCCUGCCAAAGAAGAAAUAAAGGUCGAGGAGCCUGCCAAAGAAGAAAUAAAGCUUGAGGAGCCUGCUAAAGAAGAAAUAAAGGUCGAGGAGCCUGCCAAAGAAGAAAUAAAGAUCGAGGAGCCUGCCAAAGAAGAAAUAAAGCUUGAGGAGCCUGCUAAAGAAGAAAUAAAGGUCAAGAAGAUUCCCAAAGAAAAAAUAAAGGUCGAGAAGACUACCAAAGAAGAAAUAAAAAUUGAGGAGCCUGCCAAAGAAGAAAUAAAGAUCGAGGAGCCUGCCAAAGAAGAAAUAAAGCUUGAGGAGCCUGCUAAAGAAGAAAUAAAGGUCAAGAAGAUUCCCAAAGAAAAAAUAAAGAAAUAA